AUGGUAGCCAGCAGGACUCUCAAGCUUGUGAGCGCAUCGGCUCUGUGCAUGCUCGUCCUCGUCGUUGCUCUUGUGUCGUUCCAUCCUACCAGUCCCUCUCGCUUGUUGUCGUUGGGAGGAGACGAGGCUCAAUCCUCUUCCCACGCGUGGGGCAGGCUUCGAGAUCGUACAAACUCCCGCUCCUCCUCUCCUGAGGCAGCGAUCAAGCAGGAGAUCUCCCGCCUCACUUCCGCCGCUCAAAUGGCGGAGGAGCAGCUGAAGGGGCUGAGGGGGCAGUACACCAUGCAGGUCCGCGACUUGAGGAUGGAGUACAAGCAGGCCAAGGCAGCACUCAAGCUGGCGAGAGACAAGGAAGAGAGGAUGCUGGCGAAGAACGACGAGGAGCGUUCUCAGCUGCGCCAAGAGAUUAUCGCACAAGUCGAGCGACUUGCGUUUUACAAGCAACAAGCAAAACUUGCCAACGACGAGGCUUCCAACAUACAUCGCCGAGCGGAAUCGCUCAGGGCCGACGAGUUGGAGAGCCGAGACGUGGCGCACAAGUUGGAAGACUUGACGUCAGCAGUCAAGGCCGCUGAGCAAAGGUCGAAGGGCAGGAAGAAGACAGCUGAGGUUGAGUCGGACUUCAUCGACCAGUACACCAAGAUCAACGCCAGGGCCUCUGCUGCCGUCGCCGCUCGUGAUUCUCGCAGAAUUCAAGUUGAUGCAGAGACGAGAGUCGAGGAGAAGCUUGAAGCUGCUGCUAAGGCAGCGGCUGAUGCAGCGGCCGCCGAAUCGAAGGAGAAGAUGAAGGAAGCGAGUGAGUAUGCGGCGAAGGCCGAGCAGGUGGAUCAAGAGUUGCUGUCCGCGAGGGCGGAGAAAGCACAGGCGUUGCUAGAGGAGAGGAAGUCGAUCUUGUCGCUGGAGGAUGCCAAGGAGGAGUAUGACAGGAUCAUGGCAGCCAUAGAACAGGCGGAGAACGAGACGAGGAGCGAGAACUCGCUCGUUGACCUGCUGGACGCAAAGCUGAGGCACCUGGAGACGGAGGGGAAGCUCGCGCAGCUCAAGGAGGAGGGGGAUGCCGCGCUGGCGGAUCUGGCGAGGUCGCAAGGAGAGAAGGAGCUGCAGGCGAUGGAGGAGAAGCAGACGGUCAACGAGCAGAUCGCGACCGACGAGAAAGCGCGACGGGAGCAGCUGCUGUCCGACAUGCUGCAAGAGCUCGGCGAGGACCUGGCGGCUCAUAACCUUGCAGACUCGCUCCGAGCCCGCGCCGAGUUUGUGGGGCAGAACGCGACGGCAGCAAUGGAACGAGCUGAGAAGCGCGACAAAGAGGCGGACACGCUGCUGGGGUCUGUCUACAACUUGGGAGUGUUGGCAAGAGAAGCAGCUGAGGUGGCGGCCAGGGAGCGGGUGAAGGCUCAAGGAGUCGUUCCGUGCGGCUCCUCCUGCGUGACUCCCGUAGCGGCUGUGGCGAAUCCUUCGGUGAGUGUGCACGUGGUGCCCAACGGUCAAUAG